AUGAAGAUAAUUUUAAGUGUGUUAGCCCUUGUCGUAUGCCUUACUAGGCAAUGCAUUGGCCAAUUGCACAGUGAGCAGUUACUGGCUGUGCUGAAAGCUAGUGGAGAUGAUCCCAAAACUCCACUGAUUGUGCUUUCCAAUCCCACAAUAAGGCCAGCAUUUGGGGAGUCAAUCAAAUCGGAACAGGAUAUGGAGACCACAGUAAUUCCAGAUUCUGCGACCACUAUUUCACCAGCCAGUUUUACAACGGCUUCUACAGAAAAGCGAAAUAAAAAAACACGACCUCCUCAGAAGCAGAAAGCUGGCCCAAAUUAUGAACCAAAACAGAGAUUUUCAAUGCAGGACCUAUUGCUGAUGCCCGGCAUUUGGGAGAGCUUUGUCGACCAGGGACCAAUGACUACCCAAAACGCCCAACCAGUUUUCUAUCCUGUUCCAGUUUAUAUUCCGUAUCCGAUGCCCUUUAUGCUGAACCCACAGAUACAUCUGAUGAGCAGACCGUCCAAGGAUAAAGUGGAUGACCAAAUCGCAAUGGGCUUCCAUGGGAUGAUGGCCGAAAAUCUACUUAGAAGCUCUGUCCAGCCGGACAACGGGUCUGAUUGGCACAAGAUAAUCGGGAGUCGAGUGAAGCCGGUCAGCCAAGAUGGCCCGAAAAAGUGGAGGGGAAAAUGGCGAAAGACAACGACCACUACAACUACCACUUCCACAACUGAAGCUCCUGUUACAAUGUCAACUGAGCCAACAAGAUUGCUGUCGGAGAGCAGUAACCAAAGUGAUACUGUGCUAAAAUCGAUCGAAACCAAUGAAAACAAUGAGACAACUGCUGCUGCAAGCUAA